UCACUGAGUGCAGAAGAGACUCUUUUCACAAUAUCACACACUCUCAUAAAGGCAAGAACACAGAGGCUUUUACACUCAUCCUGAUAGGUAUUUUGGCAACAUGUCUAUGAAAAGCCUUUCACGCUGCAAUGGGUCUCGGUGGGCUGUUUAAACCUUCAUUUUGUUGAACACUUAAAGUCAAAGAAAUGGAAAUUCAACACUAGUAAAUUUAAGAUAUGAUGAACAUCUAAAUACUUCAAAAAGGAGGUUUUCCUUACUCCCAUCAGUGAAGACUGUUGGAACAACUGUAUUGGACUUCCAUGAUGAGCUUAAAAAGAAGAAAACCGAGCAUGGCAUUUAGCUGGCACAAGUCAUUUACCAUCCUCACACCUUGGAGGAAAGGUAAAGGGGACAUGGCUUUAGAAAGUGAGGUUGUGCUGACGAAGAUGAAGUUCUUCAAAAAUUUCCAGGAGAAACUUUCAGGAGAAAGUAAUGAGGACUCUGUGUCAAACAUGUCCAUGCCUGAGCAGGAUGUUCCUACACCACACCAGGCUGAAGAAGCAAUUUCUGUCAGUAGUGCAGCACCUGAACCAAAUAUGGUGGAGUCAAAGAAAGACUAUUUAUCUGCAAUUUUUUCCAGUGCCCAGUUGCCAGGUUUGUACAAAUUUGAAUCAGAGGACUCUGGGGUCGAGAUGCCUAGUGGUGCGAACUCACCCUCUACUCCAACGGGUUCAGAGCAGAGCUUUGUUGUUCACAGUAGAGAGUCUUCAUGUGACUCUGGCAAACCCAACCCACACAUACGAGCUCGCAGUCAUCUGCUCUCACUGGAAAAGAGUACAGAAUCCUUACAGACUGACCCAGCAUCAUGUACAUAUGCCCAAGAAACCAAUCUCACAAUAUUACAAGACAGUCCAGAGGAUGAGAUGGAUAAUGUUCAAUUGGAGGUUGUAAGAGAUUCAGAAAGGUUAGAGAAUGGGGCCUCAGUGAAAGCCUCAGAAAGCUGUGAGGAUGGCUCAGUAUGUACAGAGACAGUAGAUACAAUAACAGAGGAUGAUGCUGCUGAGGACACAGGACCAAUGAUCCAUGUAAUUGGUGCAUAUGAAGGGAACAUGGAAGUGGAUUUGCAGCAGCAGCCAUUAAGGAAAAGUACAACAAGUGACAGUCUGGAUGAAUACAUGGACGAAUGCUGCAGGCUUAGUGAGGUGAACCAGGCUCAGUCUAAUCCACUGGGCUCAGGACUGGGCUACUUGGAACACAUCUGUCAGCUAAUCGAGAAAAUCGGACAGCUUCAGGAGCACAACCUCAAACUGCAGAAACAGAUCUGUAUCCUGCAUAAGGAAAGCAAGGUGAAGAAAUCUAAGGAGGAUUUCUUCCAGCAGCAUUGUCACUGCGGAGCAGCAGGUUUGGCUUUUCAGGAACUGAAGAGACAUUCACGCAGUGACUUCUCCAGCCUAACAGCAUCCAGUGUCACACUGUCUGACCUCACCACCAUUCCUGAGGGCACACAUAUACCGCUUCGGCCAGUUUUCAGCAAUUGUGAAGGAGGCUGCCAGCAGUUCAUGCCUGUGUGGAGAAAAGGGUUUAACAGGAGGAGCUAUGCAGAGGGGGAGGCCAGAUACCUGAGUGACAGCUCAGAGGUUCUCUCUGCUCCCCAUAGACGGCCAGAGAACUAUACAUGGGGCAGGGUGAAGGAGUUGGUGAAGAAGAGCAAGUUGAGGAACCAAAGCAGACUGGGUCUUUCCUCCAGCUCCUUCAAGAGGUCAUGUCCACAGUUAUACAGGCCUGAAUUGGGACAAAUGGAACUGUCCAGAAGAGACAGGAACUCUAUGAUUGUUCUCGAUCAUCAAAAACUGGACUAUCAUUGGCCUCAUUAGCACUGAUUAGCUGGACACUGAACAGAUGCCACAUGAUGAGAAAACAUUUCCUUGAAGAGGAGGACACAGUUAUGUUGUACAGACAUAGGCAAAGGAAGAAAAAGGAAAGGGAGGACAAAAUGAUGAUGAUGAGAAAGUGAUCUGACUGAUUAGAGAAGAGUUAGAAAACUGGGGGUGGCCUCAUAGCUCACACCCAAAAUGUUCAACAGAAAUACCUGUAUGUUUGUAUAUGAGUGUACAAAGGACCUAUACAUAUGACUGGCUCAUUUUCAUGUUGUAUGUUAGAUGCUAUAUAUGAAUGUUAAUAAAAUGUCAAUCUUUUGGGCAUUUGUAUAGUGUAUACAAUGCCAUAAGCAUGAUGAGUUAUCAGAAAGUAGCAUAACAAAUGAGAUAUUUUAUAACAGAACAGUUUCAACUUCAAUAUAUUCAUAUAAAUAAAUAAAAAUAACAGACAUAUUUAAUUCAACAAAAGACUAUGUAAAAAUAUAAUAUGUACUAUUGGCUGCUUUAGGCUGAAUAUUUCUGAAAAAUAUCUAAAGGUGUCCCAACACUAACAAAUAUUGAAGCAUAUGGGAUACUUUUCAGCAGUCUACAGUACCUUGAAAAUAAUAUACUAGAACAUGGAGCCUUACACUGCAGCUAAUGGUCCUGUGGUCUGCCUGACAGGUGUUACACACUAUUCAUGGUAAAACUGGUAUCGUUAAUAAAAUAAGUAUUUUAUUAAAACCAAUCUGCUAGGAAUGUGACCAAAAAAUGUUAUGUAAAUAUAUUACCUUUUCAGAACAGCAAUAAGUGAAUUGAGCAAGACAACCUGGCUAAAGUGUUUCUUUGCCCAGUGCAAGGUCAGUACACAAUAGUAGCAUCGUAACUUAACAUGUCAAACAUAGAGUUAACAGUGAAAGCAAUGUAAGCAUUGUUUGUGUGUGUGUGUGUGUGUGUGUGUGUGUGUGUGUGUGUGUGUGUGUGGUGUGUUAUUUUGGUUUGGUGAAAGAGCAUUAAACACUAGAUGGUUUACUGUAUAUUGUAUACUUGCAAUAUUGUAUUUACGAGUUUACAUACUGAAUUUUUCAUAUGACUACAGAAAAAUGUAUGACUAUUGUUGAUGUAUUGAAAAGUGUACUGUGUUGAGAGCUGUUCUUAUACUGUGUAUUGUACUAUAUCGAAAUUGAUGAAAUAUUUCAGUAUGCAUAUUGCAUUCCUAUUCCAAAUUAUUUUUAAUAAAUACAG